CCUCUCGUUUUUGCUGAAUUCCAGAAAUGGCCUCAGACAUCCCCGGAUCGGUGACGUUGCCCGUUGCGCCCAUGGCGGCCGCUGGACAGGUGAGGAUGGCCGGGGCCAUGCCUGCCCGCGGAGGAAAGCGGCGUUCCGGAAUGGACUUUGACGAUGAAGACGGCGAAGGUCCCAGCAAAUUUUCUAGAGAGAACCACAGUGAGAUUGAGCGGCGCAGGCGGAACAAGAUGACACAGUACAUCACCGAGCUCUCGGACAUGGUCCCCACCUGCAGUGCGCUGGCCCGCAAGCCCGACAAGCUGACCAUCCUGCGCAUGGCCGUGUCGCACAUGAAGUCCAUGCGGGGCACGGGGAACAAGUCCACCGACGGCGCCUACAAGCCUUCCUUCCUCACAGAGCAGGAACUGAAGCAUCUCAUCUUGGAGGCGGCCGAUGGGUUUCUGUUUGUCGUGGCGGCUGAGACAGGGCGUGUGAUCUAUGUGUCUGACUCUGUCACUCCUGUUCUGAACCAACCCCAGUCGGAGUGGUUUGGGAGCACCCUGUAUGAACAGGUGCAUCCUGAUGACGUGGAGAAGCUGAGGGAGCAGCUGUGCACCUCAGAAAACUCCAUGACAGGCCGGAUCUUGGACCUGAAGACCGGGACGGUCAAGAAGGAAGGGCAGCAGUCGUCCAUGCGGAUGUGCAUGGGCUCGCGGAGGUCCUUCAUCUGCAGGAUGAGGUGUGGAAAUGCUCCGUUGGACCACCUCCCUCUGAGCAGAUUAACCACCAUGAGGAAAAGGUUCAGGAAUGGCCUUGGCCCUGUGAAAGAAGGGGAAGCCCAGUAUGCUGUGGUCCACUGCACGGGAUAUAUCAAGGCCUGGCCUCCAGCAGGAAUGACUAUACCCGAAGAGGACACUGAUGUGGGACAAGGCAGUAAAUACUGCCUGGUGGCGAUCGGGAGACUGCAGGUGACCAGCUCUCCCGUGUGCAUGGACAUGAGCGGGAUGUCGGUACCCACGGAAUUCCUGUCCCGGCACAAUGCGGACGGGAUCAUCACCUUUGUGGAUCCGAGAUGCAUCAGUGUGAUCGGCUACCAACCCCAGGAUCUUCUAGGGAAGGACAUUUUGGAAUUCUGCCACUCCGAGGAUCAGAGCCAUCUUCGCGAGAGCUUUCAGCAGGUGGUGAAGCUGAAAGGCCAGGUGCUGUCGGUCAUGUAUCGGUUCCGCACCAAGAACCGGGAGUGGCUGCUGAUCCGCACCAGCAGCUUCACCUUCCAGAACCCCUACUCGGACGAGAUCGAGUACCUCAUCUGCACCAACACCAACGUCAAGCAGCUCCAGCAGCAGCAGGCUGAGUUGGAAGUGCACCAGAGAGACGGGCUGUCUUCAUACGACUUAUCACAGGUUCCUGUCCCCAACCUGCCCGCUGGUGUGCACGAGGCUGGGAAGUCUGUGGAAAAGGCAGAUGCAAUCUUUUCCCAGGAGAGGGACCCCCGGUUUGCUGAGAUGUUUGCAGGGAUCGGAGCAUCGGAGAAGAAGAUGAUGAGCUCGGCCUCUGCAGCAGGAAGCCAGCAGAUCUACUCCCAAGGAAGCCCGUUCCCCGCCGGACACUCGGGCAAGGCCUUCAGCUCUUCAGUGGUUCAUGUGCCCGGAGUGAACGAUAUACAGUCAUCCUCUUCGACGGGCCAGAACAUGUCCCAAAUCUCCCGGCAGCUAAACCAGAGUCAGGUGGCAUGGACAGGGAGUCGGCCACCCUUUCCCGGACAGCAAAUGCCCUCUCAGUCCAGCAAGACGCAGUCGUCCCCCUUUGGGAUUGGAACGAGCCACACCUACCCAGCUGACCCCUCCUCCUACAGCCCGCUCUCCAGCCCGGCCACCUCCUCGCCCAGUGGGAAUGCCUACUCCAGUCUGGCCAACAGGACUCCGGGGUUCGCUGAAAGUGGACAAGGUAGCGGGCAGUUCCAGGGGCGGCCCUCGGAAGUCUGGUCCCAGUGGCAGAGCCAGCACCACGGCCAGCAGAGCGGUGAGCAGCACGCGCACCAGCAGCCCGGUCAGACUGAAGUGUUCCAGGACAUGCUGCCCAUGCCAGGAGACCCGACCCAGGGGACCGGCAACUACAACAUCGAAGAUUUCGCCGACCUGGGCAUGUUCCCGCCGUUUUCUGAGUAGCCUCAGGCAGAGCGAGGCUUCCGCAGCACAGAGCCACCCAGGCUGUGACAAGGAUGCCCAUGUGAGUGGGGCUGAGCCUCGCCCCACGCGCCCUGCCGCAGGACUGCCCAGCAGAAAGCGCCUCACCCCCCACACGCCCCCAGGCACAGCAUCGCUCAGCUCUAACCCGCAGCCACGGCUGCUCAGCCGCAGACUGGAGCCCUGGUAGACGUUGGGGGUCAGUUGUAUUUAUUGUGUCGUAUCUGUGUGUCCUUGGGAGGCGAGGCCACUGCGUCCUUAAAACCUGGUUGUGUAUAAUCUCAUCAUAGACAAUUUUCACUUAUAAAAUGUUCAGUUACAGCCCAGAGUGCCCAAGCACCCCCACCCCAGGCCUGCCCAGGAAGCUGGGACCAGGUUUUUUCUCGCCUUUGUCUUUUGUGGGUGGGGCUCAGAGGGGAGCAGGAAGCACAGCCUGUGUCCUGUGAGCUGGAGGCGAGGGGCGUGGGAACGGGUGGACGCAGACCCUUUGCCUCAGCUCAGCAGGCCUGUGUGCCUCACGUAUGUGGGACGUGUACUGUGUGCAGUGUGACGUGGGCUGUGUUGUGCCCAUGUCUGCUGUGUGUGGACAGGGUGAGUAUCUCCAGUCCAGGGUAUGUUGUGAGCCCCAAUGUGUGGCCCCCACCCCCUCCUGCCCAGCAGCACCCUGACUUCAGGAAGCUUGGCCAAGGGUCUGGGCACCAGGCUGGAGGGCUUGUGUUUCUCCUUCCUCCAUUGGUGAGAGUGGACCUUAUGCAGCCCAGAGCCUGCAGGAGGCUUGCCUAGGAGUCACAGAGGCCCUUGUAUGGAGCUGUGAGUGGGAAGGGGGGUGUUGAGGCCUCUUGUCCUGUGCUGCUGGUGGCUUCCAGGACCAGCCUGGGGGUGGGGGGGUGCAGUGCAUUCUGCUCAGUGGCUCUGGAGAUAGUCUAGGGGGUGAGCCCCAUGCCAGCCCUGUCCGGCAACCCCUGGGCCCAGCUUGCUUGGGGAGCUGCACCUGUAAAGUCCACCAUUGGUGGGUGGGAUGCCCUCGGUCAGCAGCACCUUUGCGUGACUCAGAAUUAACCCUGACUUUAGUUUGCAGGGCGUCUUGGCUUUCAUCCUUUGUAAAUGGGGCUAAGUGGUCCUAGUUCAGAUGUAGGUGGCGUCCCAUCUCCCUCAGUAGCCUUUGGCUUGGGGGGAGGUGGCAGGAGGCAGAAAUUCCACCCACCCUGGCAGUACCAGACCCAGGAGAGCUUCCCUGUGCCGCCCGGCUGGGCCCCCUCUGCCUCACCUCCUGCAGCUGGCCCAGCCAAGUGGGCGUAAUUAUUUCCAAAAAAGGCACGAAACCAGACUGUGGCCUUUAGCCUGUAAGUUGGGAAGUUCAGGGGCUUUUGCAUUUGUUUUUCCUUCUGUUUUUUGGAGGGUACUUGGGGGUUUUCUGAGGUGGCUCAUGAGGUUGACCCGUUGGCCAUGGGCUGCCGUGUGCCUGUGUCUGUGCUGGGCACUGGGGGCGGCGAAGUGAAGAGGAGACGGUCUGCUCCCGGGACCUUUCGCCUCUUCCUCUCACUGAAACUCAGCCCAACUCAAGCACUGGUCCUGGGAGGUGAAGGUUUGUGGGCGACUGAAAGCCAGGCGUCUUUAUUUGUGACCAUAAAGAGGCUGUGUGUUCCCCAGAUUAGCACCCCUGCCACUCUCAGAGCUCCUGUUCGCCUUGGCCAAGAGAGGAGGCCCCAGGCAUCGAGUGAUGUGCUUGUUCAUGUCAGCACUCGGGCUGGGACAGGACAGUGGAUUCUCACCCACCUGCUCGCUAACAGUGACAGCGAGGACCUGUCCCAUUAGCAAGGCCAAGCCGGUUACUUAACAGCUGUAGGCAGUAACAGGUCAUGGUAGAAACACUGUUUGUUUUACCAAGUAAUAUGGGUUUGUCAUUAGGUCACUGUGUCCUGACUGGCCGGGGGUCUUCCCCGCUCCCCUUCUUCUACCCAAACUCGGUCUAGUGUCCGAAGGGGCCUCCUGCUGUCCUCACUUCCUCCACUGCCUGGGUCCCUGGCAGCGUGAAGGGGUCCCUGUCACAUGUGCCUGGGGCUCGUGGCCAGAGCUGGGUGCUGACUGGGAAGGUGGCCGUAACAGGACGACUGCUUCUUGUAACAAUCUCAUUUUCCUCCUGAGACUCGAGAUUCCACGGACGAGCUUCAGUGGACGGUCUCGGCUCUUAAUCAUCUCUCUGCUCAGUUUUCUUCCCCUGCUUGUGAACUGUGCCGUGGAUCAAUCCUCGUUUGUAUUUCUUGAAUGUUCUCGAUGACUAACGGUUAUUAAGUCGGUUGUGUAUAUGUGUAACGAAUGUAACGGCCUUUUAAAACUUCAUUGCAGUAAAAAUGACUUUGCUUUGAACAGUGA